UGGGUCUCCUCAUGCAUGAGUUCUGGACAAUUUUCAGGAUCACACCAGGAAGACAACUUGCUGGGAUCAUCUUAUUACUAUGUGCAGAGUAAAGUUAAUCCCGACACACUUGGUGCGUGCACUAACAGGAUCGCUCUCAGGGUAUAUAUUGUCAACUUUGCGAAUUUCCAGUCACACUCGACUUAUUUCUCCGCCACUGAGCAGCUACCUGUGUGGUGCCAACGUUUCUUAACUCGAGUUAACAGCAACCACUCCAACUUUUCAAUGGUGAACGCCGUGAAAGUCUUCAAGAAAACCGCCCCCAAUGGUAAGAUCACCGUCUACCUAGGCCGCCGCGACUUCGUGGACAACACCUCUAGCACCGAACCUGUUGAUGGCGUCGUAGUCUGUGACAAUGACUACCUCCGUGGCCGCAAGGUCUUCGCCACCGUUACGGUCACGUACCGUUUCGGUCGCGAGGAGGAUGAGGUCAUGGGGCUGCACUUCAGCAAGGAGAUGCAGCUCACAUGUCAGCAGAUCUACCCGACCCAUGACGACAGCAAGAUGACCGAGGUGCAGGACAGGCUGCUGAAGAAGCUGGGAGGCAACGCUCAUGCUUUCCAUGUCAACCUUCCCGAGGAGUCCCCCUUCUCCGUCCAACUCCAUCCAGGCUCUGAGGAACUGGCCAAGCCCCUGGGAGUGAUCUACGAGUUGAAGGUUCACGUUGCCGACAACUCUGAAGAAAAAACCCACAGGCGGAACUCUGUCGCCCUCGCCGUGAGGAAGGUGCAGUACUCCCCAAGGACCUUGUCCAACCGGCAGCCCAGCACUCUGGUUACCAAGAACUUCACCUUCUCUCCCGGCAACCUUAACAUGGAGGUCACCCUGGACAAGGAGGUGUUCUACCACGGGGAGCAGAUCACCCCCAGCGUAGUCAUCACUAACAACAGCAAGAAGACGGUGAAAGGGAUGAAGUGCUCCAUUGUGCAGCACAUCGAGGUCACCAUGACCAACACCCAGUUCACCCGCGAGGUGGCGUCUCUGCAGACCCAAGAGGGCUGUCCCCUCCAGCCUGGUGGCCGCUUCAAGAAGGCAUUCCACAUCAUCCCGCUCGCCUCUAACAAGAGCAAGUACGGUAUCGCCCUCGACGGCAAGAUGAAGGACACUGACGCCAACUUAGCCUCGUCCACGGUGAUGCGAGAUGGUAAAUGUCCCAACGACGCUCUGGGUAUCGUGGUGUCCUACAGCACCCGUAUCCGCCUCAACUGCGGUGCCCUGGGUGGGGAGCUGGUGGCUGACCUGCCCUUCAAGCUGGUACACCCCGUCCCUGGCUCCGGCAAGGGCGAGGACAUCGUAUUCGAGGAUUUCGCCAAUCUCCGUCGUGGAGUGAGCGUUGACAACCAGCUUUAAAUUGUGUCCUGACGACCUCGCUGUCAACCUGGCCUGCACGUCUUUGUCAGCAACUUGACUCAUACACCCCUGUUCUCCACAACCCCAUCUGUUCCGUUGUUUGCCCCUUUGCGGCACUUCCCAGAUCCCGUUCACUAUCGCAGUUAACUCGACCCGAACGAACGAAGACGACGGCUGAGUCUGUAAUCACCUUACGUUUAGUCAUUCGUGUGUAGAAAAUCCAAGAUGGUAAUUACCUGAUUACAUAGCCUUUAUUAAGACCUUAACCAAUAUAUAUAUACGUGUAUAACCACGGCCUCAAACACUGCUGCUUCACCAGUAAUAACGCCCGUGACCGUACAAAUAUGAAGACACAGUCGACACUAUCAAGGCACAGCAGCAGGAGCAACACCAAAAGAGGCCUGAGAUGUUCUCCCAGAACUCACAACUCUAAGAUGGUCCAUAAACACACCGGAGACCAUGACUACUGGUACUACCCUGUAGGCCCUGCCUUGUUGAGUCCCUCUGCAUUAUGUACUCCUGUAUUACUCCGCUCAUUGAAUUAUUGGAGCAAAUUUACCUAUCAAUCUGUUAUCUGCAGCUAUUAGUUGUAACGUGUGAACAAAAUUAAAAUUAAUUCAUCA